AGAGAUCACCUACCAUUGAUUGCUAAACGAACGUCGUACGGCGGCCAGGAUGGUAAUCGGCACGCUGAGCUUGACCAUGUUAUCAAGAAGUGUCUAGUCUCUGAUUCUACUACAGCAACACCAAAGAUGGCUUAUUUCUCGCCUGAUCUGCUCAUCCUCGAUGCGUUGGAGCACAAACGCAAAGUCCUGCCACUCGUGUUGGCUUCAGCAUGUGUAGCUCUAAUGAGAGAACAUGUCGCUCGACUACGAGGUCGUAAUGCAGCCGAUUAUCCGGCUGUACAAGACAUAGAUGUUAGCGAGCUAAGGCGUGGUGAAUUCUACCGUGCUUUUAUACUAACUAUGGCAANNCCAAUUGUACUGGCCUUCCCCGUAAGGUCUACCGACGUGCUUGACAGCUUGAUGGCAGAUCUACAUCUGUUGAAUUUCUCGGGUUGCUUCAUUGAUGUGCAACGACGUGAGGAGAUCGACAUUCCGAGUCUCUUGGUGAACGAUAUUCUGCUGCUCGCCAAAGCCAGGGUCAAGGAAGUCGAGAAGGCCAGUCUUGGAACCGGAUGUUGCACUAUAUUUGAGGAUUGUAUCGAGACGGGUCUUGUGCGCCUGACCAUACCUGUUGUUGGGUCUCUUUGCGCUACAAGUGUGGGCACAUACGUGCUGGAAUGCAAGAAAUAG